AGGCCAGUAUCCUACUUUACGCUUUUUCCCUUCUACCAGUUUCAACGACUUGAUACUUCUGCGAACGCCAGCGCUGUACAAUGUUUCGCCAUCAUUUUUGUUUCGGUAAGAGUAAAAGUGCUUAGACGUAGACCUACCCAAGUGAGUUUAAUAAGAGUAAGUUCACCCCACCACAUGCGACCCACGUUUCCCCCGCUGACCUAGUUCCACAUAGAAAUUAGUUUUAAUGGAACCUCUUCGAUUUCUGUGUCCCACUCCCACAUGACCUCGAUGCGUUCGUCUGCCAUCGCUAUCAGUUCAAACUGAAGAGCGUUUCGCUCCUCAUCCAUCCUGCGUCUGCAGGAGAGCAGCGGGGAGGAGAAGAAGAAGAAACAGGGGAGAAAUCAGGGCCAAUUAUUACAAUGAAGAAUGCCCCCGCCCUCCAAUUUGCAAAAGUUUGUCAUGCAAAGUUUCCAAAUGAAAGCUUUUUCUUUUUGUCUUGCAUAAAAGGAUUGCGACCCUUUCUGAUGCACAUUCUAGGUACGCAAGGUGCCUUGUGCAUAACAGAUCCGGCUGCUGUUGGGCCCCUUCGAAACACAAAUUCGAGCUAUUCAGCAUGGAAAAUUUGUGAUGCUGAGAUAUGCAAGACGGGAAAUGUUUCUAUUGGAAAGGUUUGCAAUACAAAUGCUGCCAAGUGUCGGGUGGGGGCAUUUUUCACUGUAAUACCAAUGAGCACGAGUUUCAAACUCGUGACGGAAUACUUCGUAUCAAAUGCAAAAAUGUCUGGGUCUGGAAGAAUGCAACUUGUCAUGCUAAAUCUGAAGCAUGCAAAAAUCUGUGUUGCGUGACUACCAAAAGUCGUCCAGUUUUGACCAAGUCGGGAGGGAGUUUCUCAUGCAGGAUAGGCAUGGGAGAGAUCGCACAGAAUCUGUCACGCAAGGUCCUGCAUUCCAGACCUCAUGGGUCAUGGAGAAGCUGCAUGACAAAUCGCGCACUCUUCCAGACCCAGACACUUUUGCAUUUGAUACUUCGACCGCGCUUACGAUUUAGAGAAAAGGCGCUUCAAAGGGAAAACCGUGGUCGAACGAAAUGCACAGCGCAGGUUCAUCUACAGCGCCGUGCAAGACUGGUAUCUUAUGAUCUAUGUAUGCUUGGAGAAGCCAUGAUUCUAGGUUGAUAAGGUGUAGAGGUGUAACUGAAUAGGUCUAAGUUUAUCGUCUUGCAUGAAGACCGCCCGGUUAUUCAAUACGUAGUACGUCAUCGCUUCUGCUACAGAAUGUAGCAAAGACAAUGCGUUAAAUUCGUUCCACUUUCCCAGAAACUUAACCGAAAAAUACCAGCGCGGAAGCGGACUUUCAGCAGCUCCAGAGAAAGUAUCAGUUCGAGGAGCUGACGAAAUUCCUAAAAUGCGAAUCCUACAAACGGGGUCUCCUCGCCACGUUGUACGACACGGUGCGCGGCUUUCUCGUUUUACUCGCGUUCCUCGGCGGAUUGUUUCCGAUCGGACUUCUGAGCUUCCUGAGCCGAAUAGUGAUCAACCCCAUCCUCCGGUAUGUUUUCCGCGUUUCCGAGCAACAUAUGCCCUGCUACAAAAUUUUUGCGCCCCUGAUCGGGGAGGCGCUGGCGAGCCUGACGGGGGCAGAAGUAGUCGUCAGCGGGGACGAACAUCUGGCGCACGUAAAGAAGGAACCGGAAAGAUACAUAGGUACAAACAUACGACGUUCGUCAUGAGUAGUUGCGCGGAAACAAAGAACGUUAAGAGAGAAGUAAACAGUUGAUGCGCGAUUCAAAAUCUGCAUGCGAUCGCCUCUUGUUCAACGUAACCAGUGACCGUCAAAUAAACCUUCACAGGGAUGUUUUCUCACGGCGCGAACCUCGACCCGUUUGUCGUGAUGCAGGGCGUGGGCAGCAAGGUGUCUUUCCUGUGGACCUACAAGCAUUCGCUGCUCUACCUGCCUGGCGGGUUGGUUCUCGGGUACGGCAUAUCAAAUGUAAAAAUGUCUGGGUCUGGAAGAUUGCUACAUUUGUCAUGCAUGUCUGACAUGGCUCAAGAAUAUGUGAUGCAUGGGCACAAAGCUGUCCUCUUACCUGUCAUGCAAAAACGCAGUUUUCCAUGCGGAACACGCAACACAUAGGAGCCCAAAAAUUUGUUAUGCUUGGCUCUGUAUUGCAGUGGAACUCCCAUUCACUUUUAGCUUUACAAAUUUCCAGACCCUGACAUUUUUACAUUUGAUACGGCAUCGGACAGGAGGACGGUGCCAUGAAUCGUAGCAACCGGGAGAAGGCGAUCCAGACGUGCGACCGCCUCGCGAAGUCUCCGCUGCCACCGAUGGUAGCCCCGGAGGGGACGCGAAGUAAAACAGGAUUGAUCCUGCCGGAGCUGAAGAAGGGCGUUUUUUACGUCCAGAAGGACAGGAGUGCAAGGAUUGUGCCGAUCGUGGUCAUUGGCAACUACGAACUGUGGCCACCCGGGAGGCCCAUGCCGAAGAUGGGAAGGUAUGGCGUUGCCGUUGACGUGCAGUUCGCCUUCGUGCUAUCGAGUAGAGAAUAAAACUUUCAUAAGGACCCAGUCCGCAAUCUCGAGUGAAGAGCACAACUACGGUCAGAGCAGGAAAAUAUGUGUGACUUUUGUACUAACCUAUCGGCCGCAACGCAACUACAAUUUUUUCCAAUUUUAACAGGGUCCAGAUCUCCAUCCUCCCUCCGAUGGAUGUUCCGGCUGACGAGGCGCAGGAUGUCACCCGGGAGCGCGUCCGGCAAGCCUACAUUAAGGAAUCAGCAAGGGAUUUUGGAGACUUGAACAGAGUCAGCACUCGAUUCCUGCUGAAACACUUUCUGGUGUGGAUACCCUUUUGGCUUUGCUCCCUGUACCUCAUGUUCCUGGCGAUCACGUCUGCAUUAAGCCGCGUGCUCUGAUGAAAGGGGAGAAGCAGAAAACGGAGCAGGGUUUUCCGUGCCGACACCCGGGCAUGAUUGUGAAACUGCAUGGGACAGCACAAGCGAGGUCGUGCAGACUCGUCGUGUUUAAUAUCGGAUCGCCUCCUACCUGACCGAUCUAACGAUUUUCGAAGAAAGAGGCUUGCGACAGGGUUUUGAGACACAUGUAUCGGGAAU